CUCCAGCGGCCCUAGCAGCAGCCGCCGCCGCUGUCCGCAGCUCCGGGUAGGGCUCCGUUCCGCUCUUCGCCGCGUACGGCAGUCCAGCGGUGAGAAGGCCGGGAGCAGCGGCGCAGCUGUCAAACACCCCACUCUUCUGCCGUCGGGACCGGCAAGGCCGGGCUGGCGGCGGGCGGGCUGCCGCCCCGUGCCCCCGCCCCGCCCCGCCCCGCCCCGCCCGGCCGCGCCGCAGUGCUCGGCGGGUUCUUUUGGCCGCUGCCGGCCGCCGUCCCGGCGCUGCAGCCCGCGCGGUAGCUCGGGGCGGGGCGCGGCAGCCGUGAUGGCGGAACCCAGCUGAGGCUGCGCGGCGCCGGGCGGAGGAGUAUUAUCCAAGAGGAGUUAGACCUUGAUGAAAAAGAUGCCUGCUGCCUGUGAUUCGGCGCUUGAAGAUAUUGAAGAUAUCGUGUCAGCAGAAGACUUGAAACCACAUGAUCGGCAAUUUGUAAUGAAGAAUGUUUUUCCAAAAGUACGAAAACGCAAUUCACAAAAAGAUACUCAGGCAGAUGAUGAUCCCCCAAGUGACAGCAUUAUUCCUGGUGCUCAGAAAAUCUGGAUUCGUACAUGGGGAUGUUCUCACAAUAAUUCGGAUGGUGAAUAUAUGGCUGGACAGCUGGCUGCAUAUGGAUACAAAAUUACAGACAACUCUGCUGAAGCAGAUUUAUGGCUGCUGAACAGUUGUACAGUAAAAAAUCCUGCUGAGGACCACUUCAGAAACUCAAUAAAGAAAGCCCAAGAAGAGAAGAAGAAAGUGGUUCUAGCAGGCUGUGUGCCACAAGCCCAACCUCGUCAGGACUACCUGAAAGGCUUGAGUAUUAUAGGGGUUCAGCAGAUAGAUCGUGUAGUAGAAGUUGUGGAGGAAACUAUUAAAGGUCAUUCUGUGAGACUGCUGGGUCAGAAAAAGGAUAAUGGAAAACGUCUGGGGGGAGCACGACUGGAUUUGCCAAAGAUUAGGAAGAAUCCGCUGAUAGAAAUAAUUUCCAUCAAUACAGGAUGUCUCAAUGCAUGUACCUACUGCAAAACCAAGCACGCCAGAGGAGAUCUAGCAAGUUAUCCAGUUGAAGAACUGGUGGACAGAGCGAAACAGUCUUUUCAAGAGGGUGUUUGUGAGAUAUGGCUGACCAGUGAAGACACAGGGGCUUAUGGCAGAGACAUUGGCACAGACCUCCCUACGCUUCUGUGGAAGCUGGUUGAAGCUAUUCCCGAGGGAGCUAUGCUGAGGCUUGGCAUGACGAACCCUCCCUAUAUUUUAGAGCAUCUGGAGGAAAUGGCAAAGAUUCUCAAUCAUCCAAGAGUAUAUGCUUUUCUGCACAUACCUGUCCAGUCAGCCUCUGACAGCGUGCUCAUGGACAUGAAAAGAGAAUACUGCGUGGCAGACUUCAAACAAGUAGUGGAUUUCCUUAAAGCAAAAGUGCCUGGAAUAACAAUUGCUACAGACAUCAUCUGUGGUUUUCCAGGAGAGACUGAUGAAGAUUUUCAAGAAACAGUGAAACUUGUAGAACAGUACAGAUUUCCAAGCUUGUUUAUUAAUCAAUUUUACCCACGCCCCGGAACCCCAGCUGCAAAAAUGCGUCAAGUUCCAGCUGCAGUGAAAAAACAGAGAACAAAGGAUCUGUCCCAGCUGUUUCAUUCAUACAAUCCAUAUGACCAUAAGGUUGGUGAGAGGCAGAGAGUUCUGGUAACAGAAGAAUCCUUUGAUUCCAAUUACUAUGUUGCUCACAAUCCUUUCUAUGAGCAGGUUCUUGUACCAAAGGAUCCUUUGUUAAUGGGUAAAAUGGUCGAAGUGAAUAUUUAUGAAGCUGGGAAACAUUUCAUGAAGGGGCAACCAGUAUCAGAUGCCAGAGUUUACACUGCAUCCAUCACUAGACCAUUAGCAAAAGGAGAAGUUUCUGGUUUAACAGGGGUGUUCAGACAUGCACCACAGAAUGGCACAAACUGGAAAGCUCACCCUUCUGCUGAGAUCCCAGUGAAAACACCACUCGGCUCAUGGAUGGCUUUGCAGCUCCCAUGGCAACAAGAAGGAGGUGGACUGAAGAUACUGUCUGUCAGCCUGGCUCUACUGGCAGCUCUUGUUAUGUUUUACUAUGGUGGAAUGAAAACAGAACUGUGAACUGAAUGAGGCUUUUAUGAAAACAAUAAAACUGCUGUUUAAAAUCUUCAAAUGAAACAUUUUUACCAACAAUUCCUUUUCUUUUUUCUUUAUUCUUUUUUUUUGGUUAAAAAAGCUAUUUUAAAUUGAGCAAUAAUUUGUACUCACCCUAUGCCUUUCCUGCCAUUUGUAGGAGAGAAUGUUAAUAACCUCUAGGGAGAUCUAUCUUGCUAAAAUUUGAGAUCCUUGGUUGACAGAACAGUUUGUUGCAUCUUUCUUCUUCUAAGAAAUCUUUCUAUUUAGUGAUAUUGGUAACCUUUUAUGGGCAGAACAUUUAAAGGUUUCUUAAAGAUUUUGCUUAGUGCAGUGUGAUGGUGUGAUAUGUGUCUUUUUACAUUAGAAUCAAAUUGCUGGGCCAUUAAAGUUUGUCAUUUGUUGCUAUUUAUUUUGCUGUCAUGUCUGAAAGAAUUUUGCCCUGCUCUUUUGCCUCUCUCAAAUUCGCAAUGAGUUACUAUGCUAUGUUAAUAGAAUGAGAAUUAUUUUUUACUUAGAAAUAGUUUUAAAGAUAUUGCUUUUCUAUCAUUGAAUGGGAAUAUGGAGUUCUGGUGGUAGAGAUCUGUUAAAAGAUGGAUUUAAUACAGUAUAGAUUUAGUAUAAUGCUCAGAGAAGUACACAUGAGUCUUUUAUUAGCUGUGCAUUGGAUUGUGCUGUGUAUAAGACAAUAUUGCUCUGUUAGUGAGGAGGUUACAUUUUGCAUGCUGCAAAUUUCUGAUUACUUUCUACAAGCCAUUUUUGUCAUAACGGGAUCUCCAUGCAUCUUGAGAUUGUGCUGGUCAGCCAGGAACUGGACUCUGUGCCCGGUUCUGCUCACAGCUGACUGCAUGAUAUUGUUCAUUCGUCCACGCAUUGUUGCUGAGCUGUCUACAUGGCUAUUUGUGGUUUAACCCGGGUAGGCAGCUAGCAUGAAGCCACUAGCUCACUUCCCCCCUGGUGGGAUGAGGGAGAGAAUCAGAAAGUUAAAAGUGAGAAAACUCAUGGGUUGAGUAAAGACAGUUUAAUAGAUAAAGCAAAGGCUGUGCACACAAGCAAGGCAAAGCGAGGAAUUAUUUCACUACUUCCCAUCCACAGGCAGAUGUUCAGCCAUCUCCAGGAAAGCAGGGCUCCAUCACACAUAACAGUUACUUGGGAAGACAAGAUACCAUAACUCUGAAUGUGUCCCCCCCACUCCUGCUUUCUGCCCAGCUUUUAUUGGUGACAUGAUGCCAUAUGGUAUGGGAUAUCUCUUUGGUCAGCUGGGAGCGGCUGUCCCGGCUGUGUCCCCUCCCAACUUCCCGUGCACUCCCAGCCUACUCUCUGGUGGGGUGGUGUGAGCAGCCGAAAAGGCCUUGACUCUGUGUAAGCACUGCUCAGCAGUAACUAAAACAUCCCUGUGUUAUCAACAUGAGUUUUGUCACAAAUCCAAAACAUAGCUGCAUACCAGCUACAAUGAAGAAAAUUAACUCUAUCCCAGCCAAACCCAGUACAGUGGCUCUGUAGUGCAGAUGAAUAAUCCUCUAAGAAGAAUGCUUCGUACUGUGUAAACUGAGGAUUCGUAAUAAUUACAGACAAUUAAGCAGGAAGUUCCACCAUGAUGCUUUCAGUACAGCUUGUAAAUUAUAACAACAGAUGUAACUGUCUUCAGGAACUCAGCUGUGUAAUGAUUUGAAUAUUAUAUUUCUUAUGCAACCACUGAAGGUCAUGAACAAGACUUAAAAUUCAUGAGAUUAAAAAAAAAAAACCCCAAAAACAAAACCCAAAACACAACACAGACAACAAAAACCAACCAACCAAAAAUCACCAAAAAGAAAAACCAACUGUGCUUUUGAUUUGCUUCGGUUUGGUUGUUUUUUUUCCAGGCCUUUCUGUACAAUCAGGAAUAUAUAACAAUCAGUAAUGUACAUUUUUAACAACUCUGAAAUUCUCAAAAAAAAAAACCCAAACCCAUUUGUCUCUGGGAACUGAAAUUUUCGGGAAAGUACCACAUAUCGCAAGGUUCUCAGGAAAACUAUGAGUUGACAAAGUCGUCAUAUGUGAGCCAAAUUUUUGCAUUUGAUGGGAAUAAACUAUGCAGAUAUGUUCUAUGCCUCUAGCACUCUGUCAGCCACUCUAGCUUAUCUAAUCAUAGCAAUUACAGACUCAUUGCAUCAGCUGUUACAGAGAUUUACAAAGCUUGUGAUUUAGAUUCUGUGCAUCAUUGGCUUUAAUGAGACCAGCUUAUUUUCUUAGAAAUAAUGUAAUAUACAGAAAGAGGACAAAGAAGACUUUGUAAAUUACAUUGCCCACAGAUGCAGUAUAUUCUUAAACUGAACUUUAAUCUGGUAAGUAGGAAGUGUUGUUGUCAAGUAUUUUAUUAUCUUCCUUUAGAUUUUGAGAGGGCUUUUUGACACUUUGUGUUGCAGAGCAGUAGAGUGUUUGUCAAUUUUUUCUGUUUAUUUGCAACUAAAGCUUUCAAAGCCGCUGAGCUGAACAAGUCAAUUCUGGUCAAACAGCUCAUCCUGUCCUUCAGGCAAAACCCAAAGUGCAUGCUACCUGGGGCUACUGUUGCAGGCUGGGAAACCUUAGUGAGCGUAGAGUGAACUGUAGACGUACAUCUACUUCAUGGAAUGGAUUGACCUGAAUACAUUUGAUCUGUGACUUUUUGGCUCCCUGAAUGCUUCUGUCAUGCUAGGUCGUGUUUCUAAUUUUUACAUCAGCAUUAUGUUUGAGGCCUACUUGCACCAAGCAUUCUCUCCUCGCAAACCAUCAGGACGGGUGAGAAAUCUACUGCGCUCCAGGUUAAUGAGGUCAUUGCAGGAGAAGUUUCCCCACACUCAGUUUGAUGUCACUUUUUCACGUGCAUGAACACAGUCAUCACUAGAGAAUGUGUCUGCUAAUAACCAAUCUACGUACAAUGCCUUUGGUUUUUUUAAAGCAAAAUAGAAUCUGAUUUCUUUUUGGUACCAAGGAAACCUCAACUAUUUUUCUUAUAUGUCUGUGGUAGCUCUGAGUUCUCUUUGGCUGUUUUCAGUGAGGAAUCUUGCAAACCACAAGACUUGAAUAGCAAAGACAUCUUAAGUCUCUUCUGAACAACAUUAAGUGCACACUUUUUAUGUCCUGCUUGUGCAUGGUUUUGGAUGCUGGAGGACUUUCUCAUUUAAUCUUUUCAUUGUAGCUUUCUAUUAAUGGUAUACUUGUUUAGAAAAAUAAUAUUAAAUCAAAGAAGCAGUUUAUAUAAAGCUUGUUCUAUAAAGCAGGAGAGCAAAAGAAGGAAGUACCUUUUUGAGGAGAGUUCAUCCACCUCUGUCACAUCAUUGCCUGCACAUCUCUGAACAUCUGACAGUUUUUGUUAAUCUAGUUUCACUCCCCAGUUCAACUUCCCAUAUGGAAAGCUGGAGUGAUGUCUGAAUAACAGCAAGUAAUAUCUGAAGUGGCAGCAACUGGCAACUCUGACAUUGAGCUUGGCUGUAGCCAUUACCCAGAAUCCUUCCACUCUUCUUGAGAAGCAAUUACAAUUUCACAGGUUGGAAUUAAAAUUCCCUGCGGUAUGCAAUAGAGUAACUGAAACUGUCAAAGUGAUUUCAAGCUGCUAAUCUCUUGCUGCUCAAAGAGUGAAAAUAGAGCCCCUCAUACCCAGGCACAGAUCUGACAACUUAAAAACUCCAGCCUUCCACUGCGUUUAAAUACAUAUGGAGAGUGGCUUGAUCUGCUCACAGAGGAUAUCUGUAAAGAUGUUAUGUCUAUGAACAUUUGUGUGUUAUUAACAAGUCUAUCUUUUUUAACUUUAAGAUGUGUGUAACUUCAGAGACUAAGACAAAUAUAAAAGAAGUCUUAUGCAAAAGCUCUAAGAAUUUGAAGGAAUGAGUAGGCAUGUGCCUGUCUGUGUGAGGCUUAUUAAAAUCUUUACUUAUGUAUUUUCA